GAAAAAAAAAAUGACAUGUCUUUAAUUCCAUACACUCGCUUUCUCUGCAAUUUCGCAUUCUUUUCCUUUCACUGCACAACUCCCAUAUACUUCCCUUUCUCUCUCUCUCUCUCUUCUUCUCUUUGUUACCAUUUUCCACUGUUUCGUCUCAGCUCAAGGAUUUUCCUGAUCGUACAGAGCUAUGACCAAGGACUUGUCUUAAAGAACAUUUUUUUACCAUUAUUAGGUAAGCAAUGGUUGGUGCAUCAUGGUUUCGAACUCUAUGGAAGACUCAACGGAAGGAUGAUGCUAAGUCUGAGAAUGCAGUGAUUGGAGUAUUAGCAUUUGAGGUUGCAAACCUGAUGUCCAAACUUGUUAAUUUGUGGCAGUCUUCGAGUGAUAAACAGGUUGCUAAGUUGAGAGAAGAGAUAACAAAUUCAGUGGGUAUCAGAAAGCUUGUGUCUGACGAUGAGAAUUUAAUUGUACGUUUAAUCAGUCUAGAGAUGCUUGAGAAUAUGGCACAUGUGGCUGCAUCUGUGGCUAGGCUUGCAAAGAAAUGCAGUGAUCCAAGUUUGAAAGAUUUUGAGAAUGCGUUUGAUGAAUUUAUCACAUUUGGUUUUGAUCCAUAUCGAUGGGGAUUCACUUUCAAGAAAAUGGAAAAGAAGGUAAAAAGGAUGGAAAAGUUCAUAUCAACUAAUGCAACUUUGUAUCAAGAGAUGGAAAUGCUUGCUGAUCUUGAGCAAACUCUAGGAAGAAUGAAGGCUUACACUGAGGCUGAUGAACUAAAUUUAAUUGACUAUCAAAAGAAGGUUGCAUGGAAGAGGCUGGAGGUGAAGAACUUAAAGGCUAAUUCUCUGUGGAAUAGGACUUAUGAUUACACGGUACAUUUCUUAGCAAGAUCUUUAUUUACAAUAUUCAGCACGAUCAACAACGUAUUUGGAAUUCAAGAGAUUAUAGAUGUUCGUAAAACCAAGAAUGGAUCAGUUUCUGAUCAUGCUCAUGGCAGUCGAUCGGUUUCUGAAUUAUUGCAACCUUCAGUCCAACCCUCCAGCAAAGUGCGUGCCAGGUUUGCUUCGGGACCCCUCGGUGCUUUUGCUGCUAAAUCUCGUCCAAAUGCUCUAACAAAUAAAGCUAGCAUGUUUCCUUCAGAUGGUGGAGACUCAUCCACAAAGUCGGGCCUAAUUUCAGCAAAGAAUAGAGGCUUCAAUUUUUUCUCAGGUCCUCUUGGAAGAAACUCAAAAAAGCCAGUCCCAGAUAAUGGAACAAAUAAAAACAGCAAGAUUUGGAGCUUUCAUGGCCCCUCAAAGGAAAGUAACACAAGACAUAAUCGACUGACUCAAGUAGAACCUUUCAAAGGAUUAGCAACACAGAAUGUCAAUGAUGCUGGUGCAAACCAUGUUACUCCAGGAAAAGAGGUUCUUCGCACUCGAUCUACUUUCAGUUACCUAUGCAGGCUAAAGGCUCCAUCUGAAUCCCUUGGUGCUGCUUCUUUAGCCUUGCACUAUGCAAAUGUUAUCAUCAUGAUAGAGAAGCUAGCAACAUCUCCAUACUUGAUUGGUCUUGAUGCAAAAGAUGAUCUGUACAACAUGUUACCCAGACGUGUAAGAGCUGCUCUUAGGACCAAGCUAAAGCCGUAUACCAAGGCCAUGGCCUCAGCAGUCUACGAUGUGGUUUUAGCAGAAGAAUGGACGGAAGCAAUGACGGGUAUACUAGAAUGGUUAGCUCCACUUGCUCACAACAUGCUAAGAUGGCAAUCUGAGAGAAGUUAUGAGCAACAUUGCUUUGUUUCCAGGACAAAUGUGUUGCUGGUGCAAACCCUUUACUUUGCAAAUCAAGAAAAAACAGAAAUAAUAAUCACUGAGCUUCUUGUGGGUCUGAAUUAUGUGUGGAGAUAUGCUAGGGAGCUCAACAAAAAAGCUCUGCUAGACUCUGGCAGUGGUGGUGUAGAUAAUGGAUAUUCUCAACUGAAUGGAUAAUUAAGCAAUUUUCAUGGCAGUUUUCAUUUUUCAACAAAAGUUCAGUCCCCGGCAAUUAUUGAUUGGGAUGAAGAUCUUCAGAGACACCAAACUUCUGGCUUCUUAAAUCCCAAUGAAUGUGAAUCAAGUGCUAGAUGGAGCAUGAGAGAAAUAUUCACACUGAUAUGAAUUUUUCGGUGUCAGAAUGCAUUCUUGGUGAGGACUGUUAUUUUUAAAUAUUUAGCAUUGGUUUUCUUUGAGGAGAUCCUAGCUGAUUUAACUUGGAUCGCAGGCCUCUUCUUUGAAAACUUGCCCUAUUGAUGCAUAUUUAUGAGCACUAUAUAUAUUUAAAUUGUAUAGCUUUUAUCUACCUGGAUAUUUCUGUAUUGAUAUCUUUUGCACGGUAGGACAUAAUGAUUUCAAAAUGCUGUAUACGUUUGGUA